AUGGGCCACGAGAUCGUCGGCUGCAGGUCGACAAACACUCAAUUACGGCAUAGCGGAGAUGGUUGGUCUUCGCGACGGGGACGUAGUAGCAGUCUUCGCGACGUGUACGUAGUAGCACCCGCCGCAUCCUUCCACCCACCGGCGGCGUACCACGAACAGUUCCUCCCUAGCGCCGAAGCCCACUCGAUCAUCCCUCUUCUAACCGCUUCACCCUACCUCGCUGAUGACGAUUCCCGCUCCUCCAUGAUCCAUCUCUGGCAAUCCCACCCGCUCCCUUCCCUUCAAGCCCCUGCGCUGCCCCAAAACCCUAACCCUAGUCCCUCACCGGAACUGGAAUCCCCCGACAUCCUCUUCGUUACUGGGGGAUCUUCCACUUGCCAAGACUGCGGGAACCAGGCCAAGAAGGAUUGCAGCCACCGUCGAUGCCGCACGUGCUGCAAAAACCGCGGAUACGAUUGUUCGACACACAUUAAAAGCACAUGGGUCCCAGCUGCCCGCCGCCGCGAGCGACAUCUCACCGCUUCCGAUUCCGCAGCCGCAGUUGCGGUUUCUUCCUCCGGUAUCAUCUCAGCUCUAAAGAAGCCCCGUCUUCUAUCUUUUCAGACAACCACCACCACCCACGAAUCCAACUCCGGCACUCUCCCUCUUAGCUUCGAAACCGGCUCAAGCCACCAGGAUCCGAGCUUCCGGGAGAACUUACCUGGGCAGGUGCGGGCGCCGGCGGUGUUCAAGUGCGUAAGAGUUACAUCCAUCGAUGACGGAGAAGAUGAAUAUGCUUAUCAUGCGAAGGUGAAUAUUGGAGGCCAUGUUUUUAAGGGAUUUCUUUAUAACCAAGGCUUUGAUGAAGGAAUUAAUACCGACCUCACCGGAAUCUCUACCGCCAUUAAUGUUGAUAAUGAUGUAAAAAAUACGAGCAGCACUAUUCCCAACUUCUCGGAGCUGCAUCUUGGUAGCGGAGGUGUACGGAACGCAGCUCGCUCCGACAUCUACAGCUUGGGAGGACUGCUGGGUGGAGCAUCGUUCGGUAAUGCAAUAAACUGAACUCUCUUUUUUUUCUCUCACGAAUAAUGGAGUUUGCCUGCUCCUUUCAUAGUGUAAUUUGUAGGCUAAAUUGGUUCAUCUGGCUCAGACUGCAACGGCUUUCUUUCUUUAUUAUUAUUUUUUAAUAACAGCCGGCUAGAGAAACUCCUGUUUUUCUCUUGUGCGCUUCAUAUUUUUGCAAAAUGAUAAGGUGUUAAAAGCUGCAAGCUCUGUUGCAUUGCUUGAGGUUGUUGGGAAUCAGCUCAUGCACCCUAUUUCUGGCACCUUCUUCUUGUCACA